AUGAUGAAAUGUCCAUGUAACCGUUGUCUUCUAACCAAAUCUUUGUCAAAAGAUGAUCUCGAAGGUGACUUGAUGUGCUAUGGGUUUUUAAGUUCUUACACAAGUUGGAUACUACAUGGAGAGGAAGUGUGUGUCACAGGAAAUACAAGACUACCGUCUGAUGUUAAUGAGUCUGAAUUGGAUUCAACUUUGAAUCUUUUAGAUGACAUUUUUCCCGAUAUUAGUGUGAAUAUGCCUGGUGAAUAUGGAAAUGAAACGACCAGUCAACCUAUGGGCGCAGACAGACCAUCAACUUCCAGUGGAACCUUUGGAAAAGGAGAAAGUUUUGAUGAGUUGUUUGCUGAUUAUAAUCAAGAGCUGUAUCCAGACUGCACUAAGUUCACGAAGUUGUCCUUUAUACUGAAACUAUACCAUAUCAAAGGUAUGUGCAAGAUUAGUGACAAGGGAAUGUCCAUGGUGCUUGAUUUGAUGAAAGAAGCAUUUACACAUGCUAAAUUGCCAGAUUCGUUUAAUGAUAUGAAAAAGGUUAUUCGCAAACUGGGAAUGACUUAUGAGUCAAUCCAUGCAUGUCCAAAUGAUUGCAUGUUGUAUUGGGAGGCAGAUGCAGAAAGGGAGAUUUGCAAGGUUUGUGAAGCUUCUCGUUGGAAAGAAAAUACAAAGAGCACAAAUUCUGGAUCAGAGAAAAAAAAAAGUAAAGCUCCUUCAAAAGUUUUGCGUUAUUUUCCUCUAAAGCCACGGUUGCAACGUUUAUUCAUGUCAUCCAAAACUGCUACUCACAUGAGAUGGCAUGCAACUGCUAGUAACAGUGAUGGUAAACUUCGUCAUCCAAGAGAUGGUAGGGCUUGGAAAGAAUUUGACCAAAACCAUCCUGAAUUUGCUUCUGAUCCAAGACAUGUCAGAUUGGGCUUGGCGACGGAUGGUUUUAACCCAUUUGGUACGAUGAGUAGCAGUUAUAGCAUCUGGCCGGUGAUAUUAUUUCCUUAUAAUUUUCCACCGUGGAUGUCAAUGAAGCAGACAUCAAUGAUCCUCUCUAUGGUUAUCCCCGGAAAACACAUGCCUGGUAAUGAUAUUGAUGUCUACUUGCAGCCACUUAUCAAAGAGUUGAAGGAGUUAUGGUUUGAUGGGAUUGAAACGUUAGAUUCUUCGACAAAGCAAACUUUUAACAUGAGAGCAGCUCUUAUGUGGACAAUUAGUGAUUUUCCCGGUCUUGGAAAUUUGUCGGGUUGGAAUACAUAUACAGCAUCAGCAUGUCCAAGCUGUAAUUAUGAUGGAAUCGGACAACGUUUACGCCACGGAAAAAAAAAUUGUUUUAUCGGUCAUCGCCGAUUUCUUCCUCCAGAUCAUGGUUUUCGUCAGAUCACUGCACAUUUUGAUGGGAAAACAGAAACUAGGCAUCCACCAGCCACACUGACAGGCUCUACAAUUGUUCAACAACUACAACAAGUUGAUGUUACCCUUGGUAAGAAGAAUAGUUUAGUUGGUGUUGGAAGAAAGAGGGAUCGAAGUGAUGCUGGAAGAUCUAGUACUCAACAGUGGAAGAAAAGAAGUAUAUUUUUCGAGCUGCCCUAUUGGGAAGUUACAAUGUUGCGACAUAAUUUGGAUGUCAUGCACAUAGAGAAGAAUGUGUUUGACAAUCUAGCCUACACAUUGUUGGAUGACAAAAAUAAAUCUAAAGAUAAUCUAAAUGCUAGAAAAGAUCUUCGUGAGAUGGGUAUACGUUCUGACUUGUGGCCUGAUCAUAAUGACAAGUAA